AGCAGGAAAAACAUAAAACAAAAGCUAAGAUAUAUAAAAGCGCGUUUGCCGUUGAACAUUUCACGCCCAUAGGCUAGCCGGAAAAUCAAACAUCUAACACACUCACACAUUCCACACACACACACACACACACACACAACAUGGCCGAAGUGGACAUCAGCGAGGAGGCUUUCCAUUUGCGCAUCGGCUACCUGAAGCCGGAAACUAAGGAGAUUGCACGCGCCGAGCUGCGGGAAACGGAUGAGGUGAAGGCGGAGGCCAUCAAGAAGCUGCGCGAACUGCUUAAAGCCACGCCAGAGAUCAACUACAAGGAUGACGACGCCUUUCUCACCAUCUUUCUGCGCGCCACCCACUUUUAUCCGGAAAGCGCUUUGGAGAAGAUGAAAAGCACCGCCGCCUUCCGCAAGGAAUACAAGGAUUUGGUGCAUGGCCUGCAGGUGGAGCAGGUGAAAGAGCGCUUCAUCAAGGGCAGCGUCAUCAAUGUGCUGAAGAACUGCGACCAGAAGGGGCGACGCGUCCUCAUUGUCAACUGCGGCAAACUCUGGGAUCCGAGCACGGUGCCCAGCGAUGAGAUGUUCCGCAUGCUGUACAUGGUGCACAUUGCCGCCCAGCUGGAGGAGGAGACCCAAGUGCGCGGCGUCGUCUGCAUCAUGGACUUCGAUGGCCUGGCCAUGAAGCAGGUGAAGGCGCUCUCGCCCAGCUUCUCCAAGCGUCUGCUCACCUUCAUACAGGACGCCAUGCCGCUGCGCAUGAAGGAGGUGCACUUCGUCAAGCAGCCCUUCAUCUUCAACAUGGUCUGGACGCUCUUCAAGCCCUUCGUCAGGGAGAAGCUGAACAAGCGCAUGCACUUCCAUGGCAGCGACAUGAAAUCCCUGCACAAGUUCCUGGAUCCCUCGGUGCUGCCGGCCAACUACAAGGGCACCUUGCCAGCCAUCGAUUACGGCGGCCUCGAGUGGUUCCCCACGCUCGAGCAGCAGGCCGAAUAUGUGAACACCUGGAGCGAGCUGGGACCCGCCGAAUGGUAGAAAUUAAAGUCCUUGGGCAGCCAGCCCAACAUUAGUUAAUGUGUGUAAUUAUAAAUAUAUAUGUUUUUGAUUAGUUCUUAGCACUUGACAAUAAACUAGUUACAUAAUGCAAUA